UUAGCUAGUUAUAUUAUUUUAAAUGGAAAAUAAAAAGAUCGUAUUUAUGUUUUGAUAUACUAAAGCUUAAAUAAUACUUCUCAAAAAGAAAAUGGUUAUAACUGAUAAAAAAUUAGGAAUCUUUGGUGGUGGUGAUAUAGCACCUAUGCAGACCAUUUAAUUUUUUUUUCAUUGCAUAUACUUUUAUUUUGACAACCAUGAAAUUCUGCUAUGACAUAUCAGUACAGUCAAACUGACAGCAUACCCUUAAAUGAUUUUACCCCAACUUCUACGCCAUUCAAGGCACCACUAUUUAAAGGCCAGCCAGAAAGUGAACCUUUACUUCGAGCACGUAGAGCAGCCAUGGCAAAGAGGCUCUCUACAUCAUCAGUUCCAUAUAUGGCACUCCCUUCUGUCUCUGCAAUAUCAGCUGGUCAAGCAAAAACUGAUACAGAAUACAGUGGACUUUCCGACAUUGGUAAUAUUUUGGAGAUUUCAACUGAAGAGCAACAAAUCAUUUCUAGCAAGUUUGAAAGUUUAGACUAUGAUAUCCUUGAAAAUAUCCCACAAAAGAAUGAACUAAGCACAUUUACAUCUGAACGGUUUAAUAAAGUGAAUAUUUAUCGAUGGAUUAUCAUGCUUAUGAUUGGUGUUCUUACUGCUCUCUUUGCUGCAACCAUUGAUAUAUCAGUUGAUAAGUUAGUCAGCUGGAAAUACAGAAUUAUAAAAAGUUAUCUAGAUAAUUGUAUAUACGACUCUUGCAUUGCGCUUCCAUAUGUUAUCUGGGUGGGACUAGAUUCUGCUUUUGUAUUUUUCGCUACAGUACUUGUUAUUUAUGGAGAGCCAGUAGCAGCAGGAAGUGGUAUUUCUCAAAUCAAGUGCUAUUUAAAUGGUGUAAAAAUUCCACAUGUUGUUAGAAUUAAGACUCUGAUUAUUAAGACUGUUGGAUUGGUUUUUUCUGUUGCUGGCGGUUUAGCUGUUGGAAAAGAAGGGCCGCUUAUCCAUAUUGGUUCAGUUAUUGCUGCUGGAAUUUCACAAGGGCGUUCUACUACUUUUAGUAAAGAUUUCCAUUUAUUUGAAGUUUUUCGAACCGAUCGUGAGAAGAGAGAUUUUGUAGCAGGUGGAGCUGCAUCUGGUUUAUCUGCUGCAUUUGGAGCGCCAAUAGGUGGUGUUUUAUUUUCUCUUGAAGAAGGUUCAAGUUUUUGGAAUCAAGCUUUAACCUGGAGAAUGUUUUUUGCAUCUAUGAUGUCAUCAUUUACAUUUAAUAUUCUUCUUUCAUUAUAUCAUGGAAAGUUUGGAAACUUUGAGUAUCCUGGUCUCAUCAAUUUUGGUCGAUUUUUUGAAUCAUACCGUGGAUACGAAAUUCCAAUGUUUUUAAUUCUGGCUGUAUUCGGUGGUCUGUUUGGUGCUUUAUUUAACACUGUUAACCAACGUUUGGCAAUGUUUAGAGUGAGGUUUAUUAAAAAUCGUCCUAUGCGUGUUAUUGAAAGUGUCAUCAUCGCAAUAAUAUCAUCUUGUGUAACAUUUUGUUUGAUAUAUUUUCAAAGUGACUGUAAACCAGAAGGUUUAUUUAAUGCCACUCAAACUUUACAGUUCUUUUGUGAGGAUUCAGAAUUUAGUGCUAUGGGGUCUCUUGCUUUUAAUAUACCUGAAAAAGCAUCAGUUAGUCUCUUUCAUGCUGAUCGAGGGAUGUAUGGCAUAACUACACUUGUUGUAUUUUUCGUAUUUUACUUUCUAUUGAGCAUAUGGACUUAUGGGCUAUAUGUACCAAGUGGUUUAUUUAUACCUACAAUUUUAGUUGGAGCUAUAUUUGGUCGUUUAUAUGGGGAACUUAUCCAUAUUGCUUUUCCUGCUGUUAACUGGUCUAAUCCUGGUGUAUAUGCUUUGAUAGGAUCAGCGUCAAUGCUUGGAGGAGUUUUGCGUAUGACUCUAAGCUUGUGUGUUGUCUUGAUAGAAGCUACAGGAAAUAUUGUUUAUGGUAUCCCUUUAAUGCUAUGCAUUAUGGUUUCAAAAUGGAUUGGUGACUUUUUUAAUGAGGGUAUAUUUGAUCUGGAUAUAAGGUUAGCAGGAAUUCCAUUCCUUGAUUGGGAGGUGCCACAAAUAAUGUCACAAAUCCCUAUGAGUCGAGUUAUGAAAACUCCUGUUGUUUGCUUCCAUGCUGAAGAAAGAGUAGGGCGCAUAAUUGAUGUGUUAAAAAAUACUGCUUCUCAUCAUAAUGGUUUUCCAGUUGUUGAUAAUGUACCACAAACUAUGGAAGGUGGUUGCGUUAGCUUUGGAACAUUUAAAGGCAUAAUACUUCGUUCUCAGCUUAUAAUUCUUUUAAAACAAAAAGUUUUUUUUGAAAGAGGACAAGGUAAACAGCGUCAUCAUCGUUUAACUAUAAAAGACUUUCGAGACGCCUAUCCACGGUUUCUUCCAAUUAGAAAUAUAAAUAUCUCUCAAAGAGAGCGUGAUUGUUAUAUUGAUUUACGAUCUUUUAUGAAUCCGGCUCCUUAUUCCAUACAGGAGAAAUCAUCAUUAAACAGAGGUUUUCGACUGUUUCGCGCAUUAGGCCUCAGACAUUUGGUGGUUGUUAACGAUAACAAUCAGGUGAUUGGCAUUGUUACACGUAAAGAUCUUGCAGGGUAUUGUACUUGGGCUCUACGUGGUCAAGGAAAUGAAGAACUUCUUGUCAUGCGAAAUCCUCACCAACAGCCUGUUUAAAGAAUGUUGUUCUAAAAAUGUUACACUUAAAGUAUGUCCACCUCUAAUGAUAUGUGGAUUGAAAUAAAGAUGUGCAUACAAAGCUAACUUCCAAUGUUACAUUGCAUUAUUAUUUAGCACAUUACUUGUAUUAUUGAUCUCGCUCAUUUAAUUAUUCAUCUCGUUCACUCUAUACAUCAAUAUAUCACAUAUCCAUAUUUAAAUAUAUUUAAUUUAUAAAAAAUAUUGGGCUUAUAGAUUGGUAGCUUAUAGUUCUUUUUUAAUUCUUAUUUCUUUUUUUAUUUUAUCUUUUUAUUUUUAUUUUUUACAAAUGCACAUUCUAAUUAAACUGCAUGUUUAUUAGUGUGCACACAAGUAUUUUUAAUCUAAUUUUUUUGUUUUUAUUUUGUAUCUACUUUUUGUUGACAUUAGUUUUGUUUAUUCCAGAGUUUGAAUAUUUUUUAAACAAAAAUAGAAAAAGGAACUUGUAACACUGUAAAACGCUCUUCCAUUUCAGCGUAGCGUGAACAAACAAUAUCGUAAUGCAGAAUUUUAACCCCACUGACAGCUUUUUUAUAUAUAACGGAAAAAAGACAGAAUUUAUCAUUUAUUUAGUUAAAAGAUUACCAAAUAUUUUGUAUUCUUUUUUAAUAAAAAUUUUUUAUGUUUAU